CUCCAAAGACCUCCAUAAAAUGAGAAGGCUAUCUCAUAUCAAGUGUUGUUCUACUUUUAAUAAUCUUUAAACGCGAUUUUAAUUGUCAAACCAGUUGUAAUUAACUUCUACAAUCUGUAAUAAAUAAAAGUGAUCAAAAUUGUUGGCGUGGUAAAAAGCCGGCUGUUAUAAUCGCAAUGGCAGCUAGACGUCUAUAUAAAGGACAUUAUCUUGAUUCCGCCAACUCGCGCCAUCGGCGGACACUGAUAAGGAUAAGAGUCGGUUACUAAACACUAGACAUUCUUCAGUCGCUGGAGAACCGUGCCAAGAGUCGGUACUUGAUAGUUCGGUUUUUAGAGAGUGGAAAACAUGAAAAUCGAGUGGGCUCCCCUCGAAGUUCCCCUGGAGCGACGUCGCCAGACGUUUGCCAUGGCCUUCUUCAUCCUCUCCUUCAUGGUACUAUCCCUUGGAUCCUAUGUCCUGGUGGCUGCUUUGUUGAUCUAUGGGGGUCUGGUGUGGCGCAGCUUGAUGGUCAUCUACUUGGUCUACGUCUAUGCGAAUCACAGGAGAACGCACUCUAUAAUGGAUGGCAAUGGAUGGAAAAUCAACCGCAACAACUGGCUGUUUCGGCACUACCGGGACUACUUUCCCGUCCAGCUUAUCAAAACCGCGGACCUACCCCCGAAUAAGAACUACAUUUUGGCCAGCUUUCCCCACGGAGUUCUCGCGACCGGCAUUUCCAUCAACAUGGGUCUAGACAUCUCCAAGUGGCUGGAACUGUUCCCGCAGGUGCGGCCCAAGGUGGCCACCUUGGACCAGAACUUCCUGACGCCCAUCGUGCGUGGCCUCUUGAGAUCCUGGGGCCUGGUCUCUGUUUCCAAGGAUGCUUUGGUCUACUUGCUGUCCAAGUCGAACGAUCCCGAGCACAAGGACAACCGAGAUGGGUUCACCUCCAAUGCGGUGGCCAUUCUGGUGGGUGGUGCCCAGGAGGCACUGGACUCGCAUCCCGGUAAAUACAUCCUGACCCUGAAGAACCGCAAGGGUUUCGUCAAAAUGGCCAUUCGAACGGGGGCCUCGAUUGUACCCACGUUCUCCUUUGGCGAGGUGGACAUCAUUGAUCAGUUGGCCAAUCCACCGAACUCCAAAGUUCGCCGCUUCCAAGAUUUUGUGAAGAGGAUUACGGGGAUCUCCCCGCUGAUUCCAGUGGGUCGCGGCAUCUUCAACUACACUUUCGGCAUUCUGCCCAACCGCCGCCGCAUUGUUCAAGUUGUUGGUGCCCCCAUCGAUGUGGUUAAGAGCGAUGAGCCGGACGCGGCCUAUGUGGAUACGAUACAUAAGCAGGUCAUCGAGGACCUGGAGAAGAUGUUCGCCCGGUACAAGGAUCUUUACAUACCAAACGCCAAGCAGAGCAAGCUGGUUAUUCAUUAGUCAAAAAAUUUGUUACCUAAAAAAUGUGAUCAACGUAGUGCUUUAUAAGCAUAUAAUACAAAACAAUGUACUCAUUUAA